AAAAAUAAAAAUACUGUAUCAACAAACAUUUAUUUAUUUAUAUUGUUGUCUUUAUGAGCCUUGGCCCUUGUUGGCUAGGUCAUAGUUGGUGGUUAAACGAUCGUAAUUUAUAACUGAAAUUUACAUCGCAUGUUGACCUAUUUUAGAGUGUUGGCCUAAGUGGGUUGUAACUCACCCAGUCAGAUGGCAGAAACAGAGCCUUCAGAAAAGAAUUCAUCCCUUAGUUCCUCACCAGCUAAGGCCACACUGAAACACUUUUCAUCAGGCAGUGCCAGAAAGAAAAAAAGUUGCAUUGAAGAUGCAGAAAAAGAUGAAAAGAAAAGAAAUGACUGUAAUGAUAAUUGUAAUGACAAUGAAGAAAAAGAAGCAAAUGUAAAUGAGGCAGAGACAAGUUGUAUUCCAAACAAAGAUUGGACACCGUUAGCUCUGCAAAAUGAAGAUGAGCACAUGCUAGCGUUGCAAGUAGUGAUUGAGCAUGUUUCAGCAUUUGAUCCUGAACGUAAGCAGCAUUACCUUUAUCUGCCUUACAAGCUGCCUUUGAAGGACCUGACACGCACUAUCCUCCAUAAGGUGGGCUUCAGAAACCUGGAUAAGUACAACAUAGAAGGUCGUCUUCAGAUAGGUGUGCUUAAGCCACUCCCUUUCAAUGCUGUUACUGACAACCUUGAUGACACAAUUGGACAUUUAUUAAUGGCUAUCAUUUCAAGUGUCAUUGUGUACAUCAAAUUGAAGAAAUUGUUUGACAGUAGCAAUGAAGAAGAAAGGCUGGAGUAUCGUGAGAUGCCUUUACUGCGUGGUACCGGAUAUCUAAUUGGUGAAUACUUCUAUGUUUGUGAUCGUCAAAGUGAUAGAAAGGAUACCGUAUAUCUACGCUGCAGCCGCCAAAGGAAAGGGGAAUGUCCAUCUCGUGCUAAAAUUCUACGCGAUCUUAGAUAUGCUGUGUUAGUAAAUAAAAAUCACAACCACCCACCACCGAAUGUGAAAAAUCACGAGUUCAUGCAUCGCUGUCGGAAUGAAUCCCGUGAACCAAAAAAUUUCAAACGCCAGUUGAAAGAUGUCUAUGAUGAAAUACAUAGAGAUAUGUUAGCUAAUUGCAGUCCCGAUGAACUAUCAGAAUUGCAGACUGCAAUCCCAGACUGGGACACAGUUAAGAAGGUUAUGCAGAAGUGUAGAAGCCGUGCUGUGUGUUCUGCUCCUAAACUUGAGAGAGAGGAUUCUGUGGACUGUGAACGUACCAAUGACGUUUCAUUAUCGGGUCCUCAAUCAAUCCAAAAAACAGAAAAAACAAAACGACAAAGACUUGAUAAAUAUGAGGCAGAUGUAGGGGAUAAUGGAGGCUUGGUUAGGCCUCAGAGCAAUUCACAAUCUCUGAAUCAUAAUAUUUUAUAUAGAAAUACUGCCCUCUAUCAGAGUAUUAGACUUCCAACUGUUACUGGUACUCAAUUGGCUACUAUAGUGCCUGGAAAUGGGGUUCCAAUUCUGCCAAGGGACCCUACAAUAAUGGUGCAUACUGACGAUGGAAUCACAAGUGAAUCUCUACCAGUUGGACCCAUGCCUCUUAUUGGGGCACCCUCUAUGUCACAUCAGGGGUAUACAAAUCAUUGUAUGAAUUCAGCUUGGACUACGACAGCUGACAACUUCAUGUUAAAUGUGCAGGCACCACAUGCAAAUUAAGUAUUUAAUUUGACAAAACUAAUAUUAACUACAAAUUCAUUAGGAUUUUUAUCAUUGAAGUUAAUAGAGAGAAGGUCACUGUACAAGUAAUCCUUUUCAUGCAUCCAAAGAGGCGUGAUUUAUUACCUUCACUCACUAGUUGAGGAGUUAAUUACGUCAAAUGGCAAAUUGUGGGAAAGCGAUCAACUUUUCGGAAAGCUGCAAUACGCGAACAUAAAAAGAACCAUUGAUAGUCAUGCUUAAUAUAAAAUAUUUCAUCUGAAAAUUGAGUCAAUGUAAACUGAAUAUUUUGAUAUGGUUUAGAAAUUAAGAAAUUUUAUAACAAAUUAUUAACAUUUUUAUUGAAGAGGAGGAAUAGAAAAAUAAAAGGAGUCUGUAGCAACUGCCUGCUUAUCCAUGCAUGACUUCUCCCUCAACCUGUUACAAUUUUUUAAUUGGUUACUGUGUCAUGCAACAGUAUUUAAAAAUUAUUUAAUUUUUAAGUUAUGCUUGAAUAAAGGAAAAUCUUGGUUAACUUAUAUUUUGACUAAUAAUUGUGAUUUGUGCAAUAUGUGAAAAAAAUUAAAAUGUGUCAUUUUUAAAUAUUCACCAAAAUUAUAACACUUUUCUGUAGAUUAAUCUUUUCAAUAGGCCUACUACAGCAAUGUACAGUACUUC